UCUUAGCCAAAGUCUUCUUAGCCAAAGUCUUCUAACCCACCAGCUUGCUAUAUGUUUGGCUGGAUUUAGUGGAAAACUCCAUUGUUAAUCCUCAACUGUUGUUGUUGUAUUUUAGCAUGCCAGAAUUAAAAGCAAAGCUGCCAUGGUUGGGUCAGCUAAUGGCCGCUUUUGCUUUAGUUGUAUUUGUAUUUCCUGGUGCUUGCCUCGCCAGGCAUCUAAACCAGGAUUGUGGGUCUGUUUUUUGUGGAAGCUUGAAUAUCAGUUACCCACUCCGAUUGAAAAACCAACCUCCUCACUGUGGUGACCGUAGGUAUGAACUUGAGUGUGAGAAAAAUAACCGCACCACUUUGGUUUUGAGAGAGAGGAAAUUCUCAGUGGAAGAAAUCUUUUAUGAGAAUCAUACGAUGCGAGUGGUUGAUGCCGGCCUCGACAUGGAUGAUUGCAACUCCCUUCCUCUCUCUUCCGCAUAUUCUUAUUUUUCUCUCUGUGAAAACCCAGUUCAAUUGAAUUAUUUUGAUUAUAAUAUUAGCCUUAUGUAUGUUGUGAAUUGCACGAAACCUAUAGAGUCAGCUCUCUAUAUUUCAGCAUCCCGUUGUAGGAUCAACUCCAAUGCCUCUUCCUAUUUCUACUUUUUAGACAUAAGAACCCCAAAGUCUGAUUUCAGUCAAUCCUGCACCGUGGAAGCGGAGUUUCCAAUUGGGGUUAAUAAUAUCUCAGGCAUGUCUACGCUGGAUAUCUACAAUAAGCUAUCUGAAGGAGUCUUUAUUGACUGGAUGACGGAGGACGACUUGAAGGAGUAUUGCGCCAGCAACCAAGUUUCAUUUCAAGACGUGUUACAAUUCUUGCAAGCCUUGCCAUAUUCCUUGCCAUAUGCCUUGCAAUAUGCCUUGGAAAACUAUGUGGAUAGCUUCGUGCAUUACUUGUUCAAUGGCCCCCAUGUAUCCCCAUCUGCAGAUCCAUCUCACCUUGCUAGCGUUUUAUGUGUUGGAGUAACAGUUGGACUCAUCACGCUGAGGACCUUGCCUGGAAUACUUUGUUUGGUUGUGCUUGUUAUCUACAAAUGGAGAAGAAGUCAUUUAUCAGCUGAUGAUAAGAUUGAAGAAUUCCUUCAAAACCACAAUCUCUCACCAAUUAGAUACUCCUUUAAACAAAUCAGAAAAAUGACAAAAAGCUUCAAAGAAAAAUUAGGCGAAGGGGGCUACGGCUCCGUGUUUAAAGGAAAGCUUCGUAGUGGACAUCAUGUGGCAGUGAAAUUGCUUGGCAAAUCAAAGGGUAAUGGCCAAGAUUUCAUAAAUGAAGUUGCCUCUAUUGGGAGAAUCCAUCAUGCUAAUGUGGCAAAACUCGUUGGAUUUUGUGUGGAGGGAUCAAAGCAAGCUCUUGUAUACGACUUCAUGUCAAAUGGAUCUUUGGAUAAAAUCAUAUUUACGGAAGAAAAUAAGAACGCUCUGGGCUGGAAAAAGAUGUUUGAGAUUGUGCUUGGGGUGGCUCGAGGAAUCGACUACUUGCAUCGAGGGUGUGACAUGCAAAUUUUGCAUUUUGAUAUCAAACCACACAAUAUUCUUCUAGACCACAAUUUUAAUCCAAAAGUUUCGGAUUUUGGUCUUGCUAAAUUGUAUUCAGUCGAUGAGAGCAUCGUGUCUCUCACUGCAGCACGGGGAACAAUAGGAUACAUUGCUCCCGAAUUGGUAUACAAAAACCUAGGAGGCAUUUCAUACAAAGCCGAUGUUUAUAGUUUCGGGAUGUUACUAAUGGAAAUGGUGGGAAAGAGAAAGAAUGUGAAUGCAUUUGCUGAGCACACCAGCCAGAUCUAUUUUCCAUCUUGGAUUUAUGACCGAUUGGAUCAAGGUGAGGACAUGGAGCUUGGAGAUGCUUCUGAUGAUGAAAAAGUAAUGGUUAGGAAGAUGCUAAUAACAGCCUUUUGGUGCAUACAAUUACAUCCCGCUGAUCGUCCAUCGAUGAGUAAAGUAUUGAGGAUCCUUGAAAAUGAGGACGAGUUACUUGAAAUGCCUCCAAAGCCAUUUCAUCAACUUCCUCUUGACACAUCAUCGGAGGUUCACGGUGGUGAGAGCCCUAAUGAUGAGCCAACUGCAUCAAUGGAUUCUAUUACCAUAAACAGCAGAUCAAAUGUGGUUUGAGAUUGCUUUGCAGCUCUAUAUUAUUUUGCAUUUUAUAUGUACUUGUAUAAUGUUAUAUGUGGAGCAUAUGUACACGGAUAUAUACUAUAACAAACACCGUAGAUUCCUAAAUAAAUAAUUAACCCACAUCCUGUAGAGGGCCUAAAAAGCCGUUGAAGCCGCCCAUAGCAUAUUUUUGGGCUAAAAAUCACAUAUUUUCAUUACA